UGGUGAUAAUCAAGGUUCAGGAAGCGAAUCCAAUGGCAGUGGUGCUAACCAAGGUUCGGGAAACAGUUCCAAUGGCAAUGGUGCUAACCAAGGUUCAGGAUCCAAUGGCAGUGGUGUAAAUAAGAAACGCGGUGGUAACCAAGGCUCAGGAAACGGAUCCAAUGGCAAACAAAGUUCAGGAAACGAAUCCAAUGGUGCGAAUAAGAAAUGUGCUGGUGCAAAAUUCAGGAAGUAA